AUGGAAUUAGCGGACAGAGCAGUUGGAUUUCUGUUAUCCAUUAUAAGCUUGUCAAUAUUUACCUACUAUACAUUCUGGGUUAUCAUCCUGCCAUUUGUUGAUGAUGAUCAUUUCGUGCACAAGUACUUUUUGCCCCAAGAGUAUGCCAUACUGAUACCAGUUUCUGCUGGCGUCGGUCUGCUUUGCUUCUUGAGCAUAUUUGUUGGAUUUGUGAUGCUCAAAUCGAAAAAAAAGAGGGCUUAA